CGACACUCAACUCAAAACACUCUCUCUCUCUCUCUCUCUCUCUCUCUCUCUCUCUUCUCGUCUCUUCUCUUCUCUCUCCCUAACAUGGCAGUCUGCCUCUGCUCCGCCAAGCUCAUCGCCGCCUUCUUCCUCCUCUCCGCCGUCCCCUUCGCCUACCUCAUCUCCCUCGAGCUCUCCCCGCCCGCCACCCACGUCAUCCACUACCACAGCUCCGGCUUCCUCCGGGAGUGCGCCAAGUGGGACGCCCCCGGCCGCCGGUUCCUCGUCUCCUUCCUCGAGGGCGGCGUCGGCCAGGUCCUCGUCCCUGACGACCGCUCCCCCGCCGUGCUCGAGGAGGCCACGGUGGUCAAGGACGCCGACCUCGCCGGGAACGCCUCCCUCGGCCUCGCCGUCGACGGGGCGCGGGGGCGGCUGCUCGUCGCCGUCGCCGACGUGAUCGGGAACCGGUACUCCGCCGUGGCGGCCUACGAUUUGUCGACGUGGAAGAGGGCGUUCCUCACGCAGCUCAGCGGCCCAAGCGAUGAGAAAUCCUUUGCGGACGAUGUUGCGGUGGACGCCGAGGGCAACGCGUACGUGACCGACGCCAAAGCGAGCAAAAUCUGGAAGGUCGGGGUAGACGGCGAGCUCCUCUCGAUCAUCCGAUCCCCGCUGUUCAUCCCAAAGGAGUGGUACAGAAACCUGGUCGGGCUGAACGGCAUAGUGUACCACCCCGACGGGUACCUCCUAGUCAUCCACACGUUCAGCGGCAAUCUCUUCAAGAUCGACGUCGCGAACGGACGGGAGGACGUGAAGGUGGUUGAUGUUGCGGGAGGCCCAUUGACGUUUGGGGAUGGUCUGGAGUUACUGUCGCCUACCAAGCUUGUGGUUGCAGGAAAUCCUUCAGGGAGAUUAGUAGAGUCUCUCGAUGGGUGGCAGAGUGCUUCUGUUGUUGGGAGGUUUAAAGGUCCUUCGCAUAGGUUGGCGACCGCCGCCACAGUGAAGGACGGGAAGGUGUAUCUGAAUCACAUGUUUGGGCUCGGGUACCCAAGGAAGAAGCACGCUCUCGUUGAGGCGGUGUUCUCGACAUGAGGAGAGGAAGGGGACGAACGUUUCUGGAGAAGAAACCAGAGUUUGGCUGAAUCAUACUUUUCCGGAUUCAUAUUGUAUGUGGAGAGAAGAGAACAGAGGUCGUAGAGCUCAUGGCUGUUCUGUGAAAUGUGAUGGUGCUUUUUUCCUUCUUUGAAUUGGCAAGAACUUUUACUUUUACAUGAAGAGGCCUGUGAAUUCUUGGUCAA